AAACACACAUGAAAUGAAAUAUAUGUUUGACUUUUGGGUUUGUCUAUUUAUUUUCCAUGAUUUUCCAUGAAAUUCUUACAUUUUAACGCGUAUAUUGUCUGUAUUUCUAUAUUCUAAUUAAAGUUCAAAGGUAUUGAAGAGUAAAAUUUAAAUUCGCACCAGAAGUUCUCCUGUACGUGUAUACUUUCGAGUGUUCGUGUUGACGAUUCUAGUUUACAGAAACAGUUACACUAUCCAAAAUAAAUAGAGUAACGGGCUUCCCGUUAGCACUUGAUCGUAAAACAUUAUUAUGCCUCAUGAUUUGAAGGGUUUGGCUGCAAGGAAAGCUAUCAUGGCUCCCUUAUCGCCGACUCCCUGUGCAGAGAUCAGUGAUGACGAGCUGGUCUCCAUCUCCGUGCGUGAUCUCAACCGACAGCUCAAGAUGAGAGGUCUCAGCCGGGAUCAGAUUAUCAAAAUGAAACAAAGGCGGCGCACUCUCAAAAAUCGGGGCUACGCCGCCUCGUGCCGCAUCAAACGAAUAGAACAGAAAGACGAGCUGGAGACUGAAAAAAGCCAAGAAUGGCACGACAUGGAAGCAAUGCAAGAGGAAAACGGCCGCAUCCGCGAAGAGAUUGAUGCUCUCCGGAGCAAGUACGACGCGCUGAAACGCUUCGCCCACCUCAAGAGCAUUCCCUUGCCGGCUGAGUUGGAAAUGCUACCGUAAUUUCUCAGCCAGGGCCGCACUCAGGGAGCUUGGGCACAAAAUUGGGCAUUUUUAGGAAAUUAAGUUGCAAAUAUUUUUUUUUAACGACUUCAAAAAAGGAGGAGGUUAUCUAUUCGCCGGAAUCUUUGUUCUUAUAUUCCUGUCUUGUUUUAUUUCAAUUAUUAUUAUUAAAAAUAAGCGAAAUGCCGGGGGAUAGGUUAGAAUUAGGUUUUAUCUAAUCUGCACAUAAAAGCAAAAAGUGCGAAAUUACGAAAUUUCGAAAAAGUUGUAAUUAGUAAACUAUUAUUUUACCCUCCUAGCAGUUUUAUCCCUCAUUUUUUAAUGGCGAAAAUUAUUUUUGUAGUAAACAAAGCUAUAUUUGGAAUCAAACUUACCGGGUGAGCUUGUUCAUAUAUGUACCUAUAACUGUAUCCGAUAAGCAGCCAACUGUAAUGCAACAAACCUAACGGCUACUCCCAAGUUUAGAUUAAUAUUUUUGAAUGAACAUCAGCCCAUUAUUUCUGCGUGACGAACAAACGAUAGCCAUAGACCAAUAUCUUAUCUAUCGGGUUAGAUCUAUGUAUAGGCCAGUGUACAUCACUUUGUUUAUAGUAGGAUUUAACUGGAAUUAGGUUUCUUUAGUAUUUUAUUAUAUCUAUGAAUGAAUAUGAGAUUCAAUUUGUGGUGUUGUUUGGUCCUGGGCACAUACAGUGUGCGUUUUUUUGUACAGCCAUCACUGAUGUUACCUGCAUAAAAUUAUGAGAUAAAUACUAUUAGUUUUAAUUAUAGCACUUAAGUAUAUUACUAUAUUAUAUUAGGUUAAGAGUGGGUUAGAAUUAAUAAAAUUUAUUUUUAAUUCA